AUGGGAAGCACAGGUGCUAUUUAUGAAAAAGAUGGCACACUCAGACUAUGUAUUGAUUAUAGGCAACUAAAUAAGGCAAAUAUAGUAGCAAAUGCUUUGAGCAAGAAAUCCAUAGUAGCAUUAAGAUCAUUGAAUGCCCGCUUUUCUUUAACACAAGAUGGAGCUAUUAUGGUUUCGUUGCAAGUGAAACCUAGUUUACUUCAGCAAGUGCAAGAAGGGCAGAAACUAAAUGAGAAGUUGAUGACCCUUGUGGGGCAAAUACAAAAAGCGAAGGAAAGUGAAUAUGAGAUCAAGGGAGAUGGUUAUUUGUACCAUAAAGGGAGAAUAUGUGUAUUUGAUGAUGGGGAAAUUAAGAAAAGCAUACCUAAAGAAGCACACAAUAGCUUUCAUGCUAUGCAUCCAAAGAGCACAAAGACAUACCAGGAUUUGAAAGCUCAGUAUUGGUGGCCUGGGAUAAAAAAGGAUAUUGUGGAUUAUGGGGCAAAAUGCUUGAUAUGCUAG